UGACUGCGCAUGCGCGCCACGCUCGGUCAAGGCUCUUAGUCCUUACUCCUUGCUUUGUUUCCCGCCAUGAACGCGGAGAACUUCCAGGCCAGCGAGAGGCUGGUGAACGCGGCCUACGUGCGGCAAGGCUCCCAGGGGCGCCGGGCCCACGAGCUCCGCCUCCGCGCUCUGCUGGAGCAGAAGGGAAAAUGUCCAGAAGAUGGAUGGGAUGAGAGCACUGUUGAACUUUUUCUUCAUGAACUAGCAAUUAUGGAUAGCAAUAAUUUUCUGGGCAAUUGCGGUGUUGGUGAAAGGGAAGGAAGAGUUGUUUCAGGACUAGUCGCCCGCCGACAUUACAGAUUGAUCCAUGGGAUUGGAAGGUCAGGCGAUAUUUCUGCUGUCCAGCCUAAAGCUGCAGGCUCCAGUCUCUUGAACAAACUUACUAAUUCACUUGUCUUGGAUAUUCUAAAACUUGCUGGUGUCAAGACAGCAAAUAGCUGUUUUGUGGUCCCCAUGGCAACUGGCAUGAGUCUAACAUUAUGUUUUUUAACCCUGCGGCAUAAGAGACCACAAGCAAAAUACAUUAUUUGGCCUCGUAUAGACCAGAAGUCUUGUUUCAAGUCAAUGGUCACUGCAGGUUUUGAGCCUGUGGUGAUAGAAAAUGUAUUAGAAGGUGAUGAGCUGCGUACAGACCUCAAGGCAGUGGAAGCUAAAAUCCAGGAACUUGAGGCUGAUAGUAUUCUCUGUAUUCAUUCUACCACUUCAUGUUUUGCUCCAAGGGUACCUGACAGAUUGGAAGAAUUGGCUGAGAUGUGUGCAAAAUACAACAUCCCCCACAUAGUUAAUAAUGCAUAUGGAGUUCAGUCUUCCAAAUGUAUGCACCUCAUUCAGCAGGGAGCACGAAGAGGCAGAAUAGAUGCUUUUGUGCAAAGCUUGGACAAAAAUUUUAUGGUUCCAGUAGGUGGUGCUAUCAUUGCUGGCUUUGAUGACUCCUUCAUACAGGAGAUCAGCAAAAUGUACCCAGGAAGAGCAUCAGCCUCUCCUUCCUUAGAUGUUCUAAUUACAUUGUUGACCUUAGGCACAAAGGGGUAUCAACGGCUGCUAAAAGAAAGAAAGGAAAUGUUUUCCUAUCUUUCAAGUGCAAUGAAGACAUUAGCAGAGGCCUACAGUGAAAGAUUGCUGGAUACACCUCACAAUCCUAUCUCCUUAGCGAUGUCACUCAAAGAACUAGAUGAACAGAGUGGUACCGCUAUUACACAGCUUGGAUCAAUGCUUUUCACCAGACAAGUUUCUGGUGCAAGGGUGGUUCCACGUGGGACUGUCCAAACAGUGAGCGGCUAUACUUUUGAAGGCUUCAUGGCCCAUACAAACAAAUAUCCCUGUGCAUACCUCAAUGCUGCUUCAGCCAUUGGAAUAACAAAAGAAGAUGUAGAUGUGUUCUUGAAAAGACUUGAAAAGUGUUUGAAGGCUCUCAGGAAAGGAAAGAAUGAUGAGAAAGAUUCACCUGUAGUGAAUGAAGAUACUGUCUUUGAUAUGGAAAAAUGCAAUAUUGCUGAAGGAGAUACCAAAAAUUAGAUUAUAAUAUGCAAAGCUUCUAUCAGGUCCAUAUUGUUUAUGAUAAAAACCAAAAUGUAAAUGAUAUAUGACACAAUCCCUAGAAGACAUGUUUUGCUUUCAAAUGGCUAAGAGCUGUGCAAGUUCACAGUUGUGCUCUUGUUCAGGUCUUAAUCAUUUCAGUGGAAUUUUUGCAAAAGUCAGUCCCAUCAGAUUGUGCCCAUUGAGGAUAUUCAGAAUGAUGAAUGUUUUAAACAGUUGUCUGAUGAAAAUCUAGCAUAUACUUUUCCUACUGUGUGAAACACAUAAAUCUGUGUUCAGACUAUAGGUGAGGGCUUAAAGGGCAGACCUUCAACUUGUCGGGUUUGAACUGAAUAAGUAACAUUGUGCAUGAGAAAGAAAGGUGAUUGUAGCAGCAUAAUAAUCAUCAGUAAAUGGCACUGCAUGGAUGCUGUUCCAUGGAGUAAGUGUUACAGUUUGAUUUUCUCAUACAUAUAUACAGUCCUUAUAUACCCAGUUCAUCAUUGCAGGCAUUUCUGACCAUAUUGAGGUUUUGAGGGAGUUUUUUUGUUGUUGUUUUUGUCUGUUAUCAACUGUUUGUUUUUGAUGUAUGCCUUCAAGUCAUUUCCAACUUACAGUGACUCUAAAGUCACAGGGUUUUCUUCAGAGGAAGUGUGUCAUUGCCAUCCUAUGGGUUUCCAUGGCUGAGCCAGGAUUCAAACCCUGGGCUCCAGACACUAAGUCCAAUGUUCAAACCACUACACUACACUGUUGUCAACUAUACUAUAGUGUAACGUGGAACACCUUUUAAGGUAAUAUCUGUGUAAUUCAAAUUUGUAUGAUCUUGCCCUAGCAUCAACUUUUGGGUUGUAUUUAUUUUGCCAGUCUUGUUUUCAGAUUGGUUACAUGGCAUAGAUAAACUCUGUGCUAUUGUGCUUCUUUCAUAUGUGUAUCACUUAACAUAAACCCACUUCACAUAUGGAACAGUAACCACAAAACUCUAAUUUUCAUUGGUUGCCCCAUUGCUAAAGUAACACACAUUCACUGUUCUAUUUAUUUCCAAGACCUCUCUGCUGAUUUGUAUUGCUUUCAUCAGCCAAUACAAGGUAUGAGCUUCCAUGAGAAUCUCCUAUUUGAGCCCUACUUGGAAUGAAUAGAAGCUGCACAAGAGCAUAUGGCAGGAGUUGUGCUGUUGUUGAGCCUCCAUUCAUUUUAAUGGAACUUAUUCAGAACUUCUUUGUAGAAUGUACAGUCUUCUUAAAAUGUCAGAUCACUCAAGAGGACCACUGCAUUUCACUGCUGUUUUGCAAAUCCCAGUGUGAUUGCCCAGGCCCCAUCGCUGUCUCACAUACACACACUCAGAAUUAGAUUUUAAAAAAGAUUCCACUGGUGUCAGUGGAUUCUUUGGCGCGUUACAGACCACCUGAAAGUGGCGGUCUGCAGCCGCCAUCAUUAGUGCGCCGAGGAGCCCCAGCAGCCAAACUUCGAGGCUCCCCGGCACCACAAAAAAGAAGCACCAAAAUGGUGCUUCUUGUUGCGGCACACUAAUGACAUCGCAAGGCGCCAACGGCACACUUGCAGCGUCAUUAGCGCUGCGCGACGUGCGGACACUAAGCGUCCACUACAUCAAGAUGGUGGCACCAUUUUGUACGUCCCCAAGAUGUACUAGGGUUAGGGGCGUGCAUAAAGCACGCCCUUUCCUAACCCUAGUACGUCCUGGGGACGUACUUUACGCCCGUGCGGAACGGGCCUUUGAAAACCUGCUUGCACUGGAUGUUUGGGUGGAUAUAUUUGGGUGGGAAAUAAUAUGCUUAUGAGAAGAGUCUUAGCAUCCUCAUAAAUGCAAAUUAUAUGGCAUACCUGAGCAGUUGUAUUUUCACCACCCCAUUUUGGAGACACAAUAAUUCAACACAGUAUAAAGAAUUUGUACUAUUUAGAACAAUAGGGCAUUUCUUCUUGAUAUCUUGCUGGUAAGAACAGCUUCAGUGGACCCCCUUACGUUUGAAAGUAUGAUCAUUUUGGAUGCAGUGUCUGAGCACACAAGUGAUAUGUAGGUGUGGCUGGUAAACGUUGGACAUUUCCAGAACAGCUUCAUUCUGUGCAUAAACCAAACAUGAUCCUAUAUGGAGACCUUAAAAACCAAAGUCAUUGUCAUAAUUGUUUACUCAGAAUGGAAAUGUAGUAUAGUAACAAUCCCAGGACUGUAGCUUCCUAGCCUUUGUUGCAUUUGUUUAUCUAUAGUUACUUGUUUUAUUCAAUUUAAACGCAUUUCCCUUUGAACACUGUAAUGUAUUACUUUUUAAAUUUGAGAGGCUCUCCCCCAAAGUACUUUAUGUUAACACAUUUCUAUCUACUAGUAAUGAGAAAUAGUCAGAUUUUGAUUUUAAUUAAGCAACUAAUUCAGUGGACAGGGAGUCAUUUUUGCUUUUUGUGUCAUGCAAAGGACUUUUUAAUUAAAGACUGCAAGCAAAGUUAACUUUAAAUAACAGGUUAUUUGCUACCCUAGGGAUUCAAUUUCAGGAAUAUUUUAUUGAGUAUAAGUGAAAAUGGUUUCACUGUGAAGAUCCUUAAUUUGUCCAUGCAUAUUUUUUUAACCUUUUGGAACAUUCAGACUUCAAUAGGUAUUGGUCUUUAAUUUAGUAGACUAGUUACCAACGAAAGCCUUAAAAUACUCAUGUAAAUUUGCCUUGCCUUUCUCAAAAGGGGAACCAACUCUUUGGACUAAUUUUCAUGUUACUACUUUGAUGGUAGCUGUGGAUCACUUAGUGUGAUAAUAACUCCUAAAUGUGAUAAGAAGUUGUCAUCCCUAGAUGGAUAAGCAUUCUUCCUAUCCUAAAUGGGCACUAAAAUUGUAACCCCCUCUUGUAGUAGUUAAUUUUAUAUGUUCUACAUUGUAAGUGUAAAUCAGGAAGAAAUGGUAGCCGUGAAGGGAAUUGUACUUUGAUCCUUUCUAUAGAAAAGAGUAAAUGGGGUAGCAGUGGAUAAUCUUCUGUGGGCUCUUGUACAACAGAUACUGCUGUCUGAUUGGCAUUUUUGAAUUACAGAAUGAAGAUAGUCUGUUACAUAAAGAGUUCUCUCAGGGCUGCCAGAGUUACUAUUUAGCUGGCACAUGAUUUUCUUUUUCACCCCUUUGUGAGGAAAGUUCUUUUAGGCCGAAAAUAGAUGCCUCUAAAGGAGUGGCUCUGUACCACCCCUGGGGCCAUGGCAACUAUGUGCUGCCGCCCCGAUCUGGCAUUUCUCUAGCCCUAAAUGCCGCUUCUUUUUGGAGCAGAAAAAAGCUACACCUGCUGCCAUGGCAGCAACUCUUCCGCAUUUCUUUGGCGCAGCAUGUGUAAACGCUACGCUGCAGAAAUGCUGUGAUGCCCCCCGCCAUCUGGUCAGGUGGGUGGCAUGACACCACUUGGGGGGCAGACAGUGGUCGAUCGCCAGGCCCCCACUCCACCCCGAUGCUGGCAUUUCUUGCUGGUCUGUUCAACUCCUUAAGAAAAUAUAGUAGUAUCUUCAUAUUUUCUACAACCAUCUUAUGAUGCUGUCGCUUAGACCAUCUUUUCAAUACCCUUAAAGUGAAACAUCAAGUUACUGUUAGGAUAACAAGGCCACCAAUUGUGAAAUCCCAUGAAAAAAUGUGAAAUUCUGCAAGCAAGCACAAAAGAAUGUCAAAAUGGGCCCAUACACAAGAUGCAUUGUGCAGACAUUACACAUAACUUAAAAAUUUCUAAACUCUCUAGCCUUACUUGCUUAACUGUAAAUCAGUAAGCUGGAUUUGCAAUGGUUGAAUUAAGCAUGAGCUUAAAGUAAUGAGUAACACUGGAUGCCUCAAAAUUAACUGGGUGAACACUGAUAAUCUUGAAUAAAUUAAAGGUAAUUUUA